GUGUGCACCCAGACGAGCUAAUGGAGGAGCCAUCGUGGACGAGAUUAAUGUCCCUGCUGGAGUUGAUAGAGAGUCAGCUCCAUUCCCAUUACCAGGUUUACAGGAGGAAGCAAGAAAAAAGCCUAAAGAAAGACCUAGUGGCCAUUGCAUGUCUUCCAAGUUUAGAGAAAUGGCUGACAGAUUUUGAUGAUGAUCAGGCCAGUGAUUAUGACAGUUUUAAGACUAAAAAAAUAAAAAAGGAACAGCAACUGGUCGACGAAGCCAAAAAGCUUGAGGAACUGUUACAGAUUGAAGGAAAGCCCACGGAGGAAGCAGGCCAACAAGGAUGGAAUGCAGAACAAAUUCAAGCAGAUGGGGACAGCAGCUCAGAAUCAGAUGAGUCUUGUGUGGAGAUAACACCACUUGUGAAAGAGGAAUCAGAUAUAAAUGCCUGUGAAAUUAUAAGGCAGAAAAAGCCAGUCAAAAUUACAGCCAAAGAACAUAACACAGGGAAAGAUAAAUCUGAUAACCAUAAAAGGAAAGGCAGAAACAAGAAUGAUGGUAAAGGAAAGUCAUAUUGUAAAGAGGCAGAAGUGAGCCACAUAAAACAACAUAGAGGAACAGAGAGCAGUGAUGCAGGGAAGUUGGAGAAAUCUGACUCCCAAGUUAAUGAAGCUAAGCCAAAUGAAUAUUUUCAACCUCCAGCUUGUGUUGACAGAUCUGUUAAUAGCCCUUCUGAAGACAUACAAAUCCUUGGAGACAAAAAUUUAAAUGAUGUUCAUAACUUAACCAAACCUGCAAAGACAGAAGUCAGAAUAGACAGUCAGAAUGAUUUGAUGGACAUAGAUAAUUUCUCUUUCCAUGUCGAAGGAAUGAGUGAGGGGGAUGACCCUAUCAUGGCCAUACUAAAGGAUAUGAAGCCACGUGCCAAAAUUGACUGUUUAGAUAAUAGUUUUUCCACUGGAGAAUUAGACAUGUUACCAUUGGAGAUUCAGCAUGAAAAUCCAAUAGAUGACACUCUUCAGAAUCCCCAAUGUUUAACUGGAAUCCAUGAAGAUCUAGAAUUACUUAGUGAUUCCUCUGAUGAUGCAUUUGAUAGCAGACCAAAGAAACUUUUGACGCAAGAGUCUCAAGGAUUUCUAAUUGAUUCAUGUGAACAAAGCAAGAGCUCUCUGAUGAGCCAGGAUGCUUUUGCUGAGAAUUCUUCAGAUGAUAUUGUUGAUAUAAAACGAGUGAAGAAGUUACUGAGUCGUAAUGUCCUUUCAUCCCAGGGUUUCUCCUUUGACAUGGAUGAAGUUAGUGCAAAUUCAGAAGGUAAAAAUGACAAAGAAAACAUAGGGACUGGGAAUUUCCUUGAAAUAGAAAAAGUAGGCUCUGAAACAGAAAAACAUACACAGAGAGAUACAUGGGAUUUGAGCUUAUCUGAAGAUGAUGGGCAAUGCAUGUCAAGAUGUACAGAGCUUAAUGGCCAAGUAAUAGGAAAUAGUAAUACAGAUACAGUAAGUGAGGUUGCAAAUGAAGAAGAAUUUGUUACCAAAAAAGAUAAUACUUUUGUUGGUGACUGGAAGGAGUCCCACAAAGAAUUUGAAGGGGAAGAGCUAGUGAAAGAAGACAGAAAUUCAAAACAUGAUAAAGAUGGUAUACAUACCAAUAACAGCAAAGCAACAAUAGACUGUGGACAGAGAAAAUUGUCAGUGCAGGAAACAUUGAUAAGGAGAACUUGUUCAAGAGAUCUAAGCAGUAAUUCUUUAGGAGCAAACGCAUUAGAUAUAGAACUGCAAGAAGAUAAAUUAGUCCAAGAACUUAUGGAGCCAAGUAAAAAAAUAAUUGAACACAGCUUAAGUAAUGACCAGCAGUCUCAGCAGAGCUCGCAAGAAAAAAGUAGUGUUUCUGCAGAUUGCUGUGUAUCUGAAGGAGAAAACAAUAUUACUGUUAAAAGUAGUAACGGGUCAUUUUCUAGUCAUCCUCAACAAGUAUUUGAUCAAAAUCUAAACCAGGAAAGCACAAUGGCAUCCUUGCAUGAAGAAGGAAUAUUUUCAAAUUCCAUACAACCGAAAGAUAUGAAAGAUAUGGAGUGCAGCAGUACAAAACUGAGGACAAGUUUAGAAAGUAAUUCUUCUGAUCAUAGCUGGUUGUUAUCUUCAGAAUCUGAAGAUAAUGAGGAUUUAAUGCACAAGAAGCAUGUUCAGCCAAAGACUUUAUAUAGGAAGAGCAGCACAAGCAUUCUUGCAGUAGAAGUGGAAAAAGCCACAAAAAACAAUGCUGAAAAUGAAGGUUUUAAUGUCGGCAUUAAGACGGAAGAUGAGAUUAUCAUCACUAAGAAACCUGGAGGUCACAUUAAGGAAGAAAGAAACUUGGGCACUCCAAAGGAAAUGGUAGAUAUUAGAGAUACAACUCAAAGGUCAGUGCCAAGUAAACCAGAAAUGGCUGGUGUACGUUUCAGUUGGGGGAAAAGCAUGCUGCAAUGUCAAAAAAUGCCUGCACAUAGGAAUAAUGUUGACUUCAUAUUGCAAGAGAAAAUUACUUAUGAAAUUCCAAAUGCAUUUGAUAAACUAAAAGCCAAUGUAUUCUCUUUGGAAAUACGAAAUUCAAGAAAACGUAAAGUCAGACCUUCCAUUGAUGAAAUACAAAAUACUCGUCUUGGUAUAUGUAAUAAAAGUAAUAUUGAUAUUAGAAGUAAGGCUCAUAAGAAUAGCGAAAACACUGAUGUGAAUGGUAGUAAACAAGGCAAGAAUUUGUUGGAAAAGAGGACCAAAUUGCCACAUAAAAGAACAACUAAACAGGGAAGUCAAGAAGUAUUAAGUAGUCUUGGUAAUGGCACUGCUGUAUCCACACAGGAAAAGAGUCAGAGAACAAAAGAGCCUAAAAGAUCUGUUUUAAAGAGAAUGAAAGCCUCACAAAGCCUUUUUUCAAGUCAGAGCAGUGGAGGAGAGGAGGCAUCUGCACAAAGUGUGAGAAAAAGAAGAAUAAUGAGAAAAAAAAGAAACCAAACAAAUAAAUCUAAUAGUGAUAGAGAAGAGGUAGAAAUCAGUAAUGAAGUCAGUCAGAAGAGUAGUAGAUAUGUCAGUAGGUUUGGAAGAAAAUCAGGAGACCAAGGCAAAAAAAGUACAAAGAGUGACAGCACUGCAUCCAGUGUUGGUAGCAGAACCUCACCUGGUUUUGUAAAGAGGCUGAAGAGAGAUUCAUCCAGUUCAAGCUAUGGAAGUAUAAGAACAUCUGUAAGUGAAAGUGAUAUCACCUCUCCAGGGCAGCUUUCAGUCAGUUGUAAAGACAGUGGAGAAGGUACUCAAUGCCACCAGAAUUCAACAGCAAAUAAAGAGGAGCUGCAGACUGUAAAGAAUGAUACUUCUGAUUCAGAAACAUUGGAGGAGGAGGAGGGACACUUUAAAAGAAAACAUAGAAUUUGCACAGUUGUGUCUAGUGAUAGUGAAUACUCAGAUAGAGAAUGUAAAGAAGGAGAACAAAGGAAGAGAAAGAGAGCUGUAGAAAUAGAGAAAUCUUACAAAAAUGAGCUAUAUUUAAAUACUUUGGGACAGGUAAAGAAAAGCUCAGCUAAUGAGAACAUCAGAAAGGUGACACAGCCAGUCCAGAACUCAGAAAAAGCAAAAUCAGAUGUAUUAGAGCAUCUAAAAAAUAUUUCAUCUCAAAGGCAGGGUGUUGGAAAAGCUGAAACAAAUUCAAAGGACACAGGAAUGAGAAAGCCAUUUUUAUCAGUAAAGAAGAAAAAUUUUCCUGCAACUUUUGAACAGGCAGCUCAGAUAGCUUCCACACUCAGCAGACAUCACUCAGAAAUCCAAGAAAAGAAACGCACAGCAAUUCUGCUUGAAACAACCCCACAGUUGGGUAGUAAGCGAUCCAAAAAAGAUCAUAUACUUCCAAAAGUAAGCUCUGAAGAAGAUAUACAAAAUAAGACACAACCUGAGAAGAUUGUAAAGAAAAAGCAAACAGUUUUGUACAAGUCACAAAACUUUUGCACAAGCUGCUCAGAUGAAAACUCAGAAAAUGAUAAGAAAGAUAUUUCUCUUGUGGAAAAAACAAAAUCCAAGGAGAGCCAAUCACUUACUCAGCCGUCUUUGAGUGAUUCAACUAUGAAAACUACAAUCACACCUCACCCAGGCCUAGUCAGUUCACUUGCCAAACUUGGUACUCUUGACAGACCAAAAGCUCUUCCAAAGGCUAAAACAGUUCCUACCACUAAUGUACCUGCAUCUUCAGAUUUUAUUGAAAAAUUGUUUUCUACUCAGAGAUUUCAGACAAAUAACAGUAUCCUUCAGUGUCAGCCAAAGGAUUCUGAUGGCACACCAGGUAGAGAAGAAUCACAUGUUGAGUGCAUGCCAACUGCUGAUAAUCAAUGUGCAGUCCAAGUUCCCAUUAUGCAGAGCCCCUGUACCAGUGCCCAGCAGCAGAGAACAAAGAAUCUGGUGACAUGUGAUAGACAGACCAAAGAAGAAUUAAUGACCUUUGGAAAAGCUAGUAUAGAUAAUGUUUUAGACUCAAAGGAACCUAUAAUACUCACUAAAGAAAACAGUACCUUGCCAUCCCCACUAACAGAUGGUGUGAAGCACAAAGAAACUCAUCCUCAAAUCUGUCAGGAGAAUGAAAAGAAAGAGGAAGAUCCAAAGUAUGGUUUUACUAAAGGAACAUCAGAACCACGGCAUGAAUCAUAUGUCAGGCUGCUCCCUUCUACAGAAAAGUCUCCUCUUCAUGAAGAAAAAGAAAAUGAGUUGCGCAGUGUUGUAGAAGAGCUGGCUACCUGUAACAUUAAUGGCAAAGAAUGGAGAAGACUCAUAAACAAAUUGAAAAGGUUGGCUGUGUCAACUCCAGCUCUUCAGAUUAUCAGAGUUUUCCUAUGGGGAAUUUUGCAGCAGGAUCCCCUGCAGGAAAAGAAAGUGGCACAAGGCCUGACUCCAGCCCUGUACCAACUGUUCCAGGCUCUGUGUGUGCUGGAGAUUCGGCUGGAUCAGUCUUUUAGGACAGCCAUUAGUAAUUCCAUCCGUGUUCUUAUAUGUCAACCCUCCCCUCACCUACGUCCUCAUAGUUUAGGCUCUCUGGCAGCAUGGUAUGUUGCCAAUUUAUCAGUGAGCAAAAGAGAAGAUAAGGAGAUCUUGCAGCUAGGUCGUGCAUUUUUGGUAGAUCUCCUGUUUCAUCAUCCAGGAACAGUUCACUUGGCACUGUUGUCGGCACUCAACUCAGGACAGAAGUUUCUCAUCCGAAUGGUUAACCAUAGAGAGGCAAGUGGGAUUGAAAAGGUGCUACAGUGGGUUGCCUUUCACGGAAUUUGGAUGGGAACAGAAAGUGUCCGCACUCAGCUGACCAAGUACCUGACUAAUCAGAUAGGUGUGCAUAACCCUCCAUCUAGUGAUCUUGCAGUCCUUGUGAAGGAUCUUCUUUCAAAACUUUUGGAAUCAACAGAGAUAGCAGUAUCCUGUAACCUGCUGACCAGCAUUAUGAUAUUAGCACGCUGGCAGGGACAACCUUGGAUACAAAGUCAUCUCUUGCCAGCUGUAACAGCACUCAUUAGUAAAGAAUCUGAAGGUGGGAAAGAAGGACAGGUGGAAAAAGUUCCAAGACAGUUACUUGAUAUUGUAACAGUUUCUCUUGGUAAACUGAAUGAAAUUUUCUCUGAAGAUGCAACAUCAGCUGAUAAUACCAUUCUUGGAUGUGAAUUGCAAGAGUUAAAAUAUGCCCUCACAAGACUUUUGCUCUUGGCUUGGGGAGACGCAAUGAUGAAACCUAGAUAGGGCUCCAGAGUAAUGUGCUAUAUAUUUAUUGAUGUGAAAGUGUUAAUGUCAGAGUGUUAUUUUAGCAUUGUGUAUAUUUGGUGCUCAUAUUAUGUACAUGGGAAUAAUUUUAUUUGGAUUAUAUUUUUGUACAAAUUCUGUAAAAAAUACUGGAUAGCGAAGUGCCAAAAGAUUUUGUAUUAUUUUACAAAUUAUGUUAAUGUAUUACUCUUACAUAUACAUAGUGAGUGAAUACAUUACUAGUUGAGUGUUUCAACUAACUAUAUUUGAGAUAAUGAAAAUAGCAUUUCAUAAUUGUAUUACAUAUAAUUUGUUUAAUUCCUAUCCAAUUUUAGUUUUUUGUUUUAUAAAUACAUAUGGAAAAGUGCAUGUUAUUAUGCACCUGUGUGAUUAUGCACACACACAGUGUUACCAAAUUAAAAUCACUUUAAGAUAUUUAUUGCAUAGAACUUACAGAUGGUGAUUAUGAAAAUGGCCAAUAAAUGUAAAGUAUAAAAUGUAUUAGGCACUAGUGUCAAUAAGUUUCAAUAAAACUUUUAAGAGA